AUGUAUUCUGGAUUUGUAUUGUUGGCUGCCCUGCAUUUUCUUCGAGGAUGCCACUCUCUUUCUGAUGGCACUUUAGCUGGGGAAAGGGCAGUACAGAGUGGGGCAACGCCGUUAUUGGAAAUAUUCCAAGUGGAAGCACCCUUGAGAAAGACUUAUGACGGUGCAGCUUGCAAGAAAGUUGUGAUACAACAUGAAUUCGCAGCUAGUUACGGCACUCCAUAUGUUGGAUCAUACUCUCCCCCUGCAAACUGCAAGUUUACGACCACAAUCUUCAACCUCUCUAUCACUUCCUACGGCAUCAAUUAUGACAGGCUUGGACUGAUUUACUUCGGCGACGUUGAACUGUGGCGCUUAACGACCGCUAUGCCUGUCCGUACGGGGAUAUUCUCGAACUACCAAAAGGAUGUGACAAUAUUUGAUCCAAUACUUCGAUCGGAGCAAAAGGUCAUAAUGACGAUGGACAACAUUUAUGACUCAACUUUUACUGGCGCUUGGAACGUGACGCUAACAGCCUUGUACUACGAUGAUCAUAAAACAUUGACGCCUGCCAACAAGAUACUGCCGAUAUCUUCCCAGUCAUCUGCCCAGAACAGAAUAUCAGUAUUUUCUCUUCCUGACGGAAACGCUACCAGUCAAAUCACCCUCCCAAGGAAUACUGAAAGAGCUGUGGUUAGUAUUCUGGCGUCAGGAAAUGGUGCCGAGGAGUUUUGGUUCAGAAAUGUCGAAUCAGAAUACCUCAAUACCUUUAACAAUUCAGUGCUCUACGGCUACAGCCCUUUCAGAGAGGUUCAAUUGUUGAUCGAUGGAAAUCUAGCAGGAGUAAGCUGGCCUUUUCCAAUUGUGUUCACAGGAGGUAUCAGCCCUGGACUGUGGGUACCGAUUGUUGGAAUCGACGCCUUUGAUAUUCCAAGCUUUGAAAUUGACAUUAGUCCAUGGCUUGGACUCUUGUGCGAUGGAAAAGCACAUACCUUCGAACUCAAGGUCGUCGGGUAUGACUCGAAAAACACAUUUGGAUCAAUUAAUUCCAACUGGUGGGUGUCUGCAAGCGUAUUUGUGUGGACUGAUCCCCAAGGCAAGCAAACCAAAGGAAGUUCCAUUCAAUCCUCAGUACCGCGUCCAGACUUCAAACUUACCCCAAAGAUAACCUCCUCAGCUGGUACGAACACAAGUAUGUAUCUCAAGCUAACAGCCAGCCGAAAGCUGUCACACACAGCUCGCAUUACCACUUCGUCUGGCACUCGAAGCCUCACGUGGGCACAGGACUUAUCCUACACGAAUGUUGAGGAUUACACCAAUCUGGGUUACAACAAAACAUUGACACAAAUCACUCGCGGUUCAGCAAGAUAUACUUCAUCCGGGGGUCUUUUGCCAUUGCCAAUAACAAAUUCGUACUACUGGCCUAUCCACUUUACAUCAGACAACCUCGUCCCUAUCAACCCUCAGGUGAAGAACCAGACCUUGAUAGCAAGCAUUGAUCGCUCGUCAGUGGAAACGACGAUUCCAAUCCUUCCAUACUUGACCAAAUCCGUGUCGCAAAUCUUCCCCUCAAUUCUCACCACUCGACAAGCCGGUGACAGCGUGUAUUUCUGGAACAACACAUACUAUCAAUUUGCCGGCGCAAUCGACCCAGCCAAAGGAACAGUUGGUACUACAGAGCAGUGGUAUUCUUUUCUAGAUAGCGACACAGCUUAUGGAAGAUAUGUAAAGGCAGUCGAUGGAUAUGAACCAGUACUGAUCGUCGACAAGGAGUUUGGCGAGGCCAUAUCUGUACCUAACACUGAUGUUAGCUCAGCGGAGUAG